AUGGACUCCGGCAGCGAGACCCACGAGCUCAACGGGCAGGUGGAGGGCGCGGAGCCGGCGGUCGUCGAGCGGCGCAGAACGUCACAGUGGUUUCAAAGAAAUGGACCUAUGAAUAUCAACCACUACGCAAAUAAGAAGAGCGCUGCGGAGAGCAUGUUGGACAUUGCCCUGCUGAUGGCCAAUGCAUCCCAGCUGAAAGCCGUGAUGGAGCAAGGACCUUCUUUUUCCUUCUACAUCCCACUUAUCAUUCUUAUCAGCCUGUCGCUCACCCUGCAAGUUAUGGUGGGAGUGCUCCUGAUAUUCCUUGUAAAAUAUGACCUUAACAACCCUGCAAAACAUGGAAAGCUGGAUUUCCUCAACAACCUUGCAACUGGACUAGUAUUCAUUAUAGUAGUUGUGAAUAUUUUUAUCACUGCCUUUGGAGUGCAGAAGCCGGUUGCUGAGUCAGCAUCAAGGCAGUAAGUACAAGAGACCUGAAGCAUUCAUUCUUCUGUAGAUGCCAUUUGCACUUGAGCCAGUUACACUUGGACACAAUGGGAAAAAAAAAUAAUCUGAAGAAACUGGACAUACAGAGCAGCUUUCUCAAGUUUCCAACACAUUUGUGCACCUAAAAUUUUCCAAUGUGUUAAUAUUUAAACUGUUUGGCAUCUAAGGAAACGUUGAUUUUGACCCAAGGACAUUGUUUUUCUGGAAUAUUGGCAUUUCAAUUUCUGUAGAAACUAAUAGUUUUUCAGAGAAGUCACAUAAGCUCAUCAAACAAGGUGGCACUUCACAGGACUUCCCAUUUUCCGUGCCUUUUGUUUUUGUGGCAAUUUGUCACUUCUGGCAUGGCGAGAAACGGCAGGCCUUCGGUUCUGGCGUGGUCACUCUCUCCUUUAUUUCACUCGCUUGGCACCAAACCUACGUCCUCCCUAGUGCAGCAGUGGUCUUCCUUUGCGGUGUGCAAAGAUAGCUGUGCCUUGUUUUCUUUUUUUCCGCUCUAGCUAAAGCAAAGAUGAGACAGACAGAAACAGCAGGCUAUCGUUUGUCCAGUUUUGCUCACAGGUAGUCGUUUGUCCUGUUUCUUCAUCUCUGGACCACACUUACAAUUUCCUUCUCCUUUGUGCACAGCCACACAAAUAACCUAAUUGCUAAUGUUUUUUUACUGUUAACUGCUAUACUCUGUAUUCUGUGCAUUAUAUAUAUUUGUGGAAACCCUGUUAGAAGCGCUACCUUUUCUAGGCCAAACUGGGAAACUGGAGGAUACAGGGUGAACUUGACCUGCUGAACUGGUACUGAGUGCCUAUCAGCAAUUCAAGUAGCAAAUUGAAAGAAGUUUAUCCCUCUAUAACUUACUUUUCCCUUUUCUCUUCCCAAGAUUGAUUGCUGAAGUUGUGUUACUCUUACGAGCUUAUGGCUAAAAGCAUCACUAAUUUUCUAAUUUUUAUUUUUAAAUAUAUAGAGAGAGAUAUAAAUAUCUUCUAGGUUCUUACCUGCUGGCUCAGGGACUGACACUUUUUUCUAAAUACGCUAUUACCAGUAAUAGUGUAGGUUAUAAAAAUUUCUACAACAAAAACAUUUCAGUCAUUUUAUUUCCACAGUAUUACAUCUGCAAUCAGAAAAAUCCUAGUUUUCUAGAGUGUGCUUACCUGUAGAUGCAGAUUGGUACUAAUACAUUUCCUUACCGUUAAUUUUUAAAUGCUUUCUUGCACAUAUUAAUAGAAGUUUGACUUCCAUGUGUCUCAUCUCAUUUACAGGUUUUGUUAAUCACAUUUCUCUUUAGUUAUGUCUCAAGACCCAUUGAUGUACCAUAUCUUCAUUUAUGUGUUCUGUAAGAAUUACUAACAGAAAACAAAUCAGAAACUUGUGUGAUUAGUAGCGGAAUGGACAUUCCUUUUUAUUUUUUAAUUCACAUUCUCUUGCUUCAUUUCCACUUAACACAUAUUUAAUCAGUAUCUAGCAAGCAAUGGUUUCAAUUGUGCGUGUUGUACUAAUUUAAAUAUAGCUCAGAGUAAGUUCUGAAUGAGAUACUCAGGAUAAUUUGCCUUAUUUAUUUUUUACAAACCAGCGAACUGUUGAAGGACUAUUCCUACGUACUUGUGCUAUCACAGUUUCGAUGCUGUAGUGUAGUGAACUGACUGGCCAAAACCUUAAAAAACCUUUCUUUUGGAGAAAAUAGGUGACUGUAGGCAGAGCCCGUCCAAGCAUGAAAUUCAUCUGUGGCCCAACAUCAGGCAGUAAUUUUGAUAAGAUUCUUGAAUGUACCACCUUUGUUACCUUUCACCUUUUUACUCACGGGAGUAUUUGCCCGGCUGCGCAUCUGAUUCAGUCUGGAGAGGCUCUCUGGAGGCAGCUGCCUCUCUUCUGUAUGGGAAACUUGGUACCUAAGCUAAGCUAGAUGCCUGUAGCAGUCACUUUGUGCUGUCCUAAAUACAUAACCUGUCCAAAAGAUAGUCGCUUUUAACUUAGGCAUGAGUAUUAGCUACGUGUCAUUGCCAGAUUUGCAGCUUUCCAGUUUUUUAAGCAAGACAUAAAAAUAGGAAGAAAGGUGUUUCAGGCAGCUAGCGAAUCCUCUCACUUUUUGCCUUCUCCUUACUACCCUAAGGGCAGAUGCAAACAGACGCCCAGGCUCUGCUGAUGUUCACCGGAUUUAUACUUGGUGGUGAUUUGGCCCAAUUUUGAAUGUAGCUUUCCAUUCCUGUGCUACGUAUUGCCACAGCCCUGUCGUAUGAGCAUGGCCGUGUUUGUCUUGCACUGCAACACUUGAAAGCAGUCAGAGGGGGUUGUGGUACAGACAUACCAGGUCUUUUCCCAUUUUAUUCCCCUCAUUAUUGGACCGUAAUUUUUCAGGUCACUCAAGCAAACAAGCUGUUACAGUCGGUUUCUCCUGACAAAGAUAAUAGCUGUUCUUAAUAGCAUCUUCACUGCUAAGCUGUUGUCCAACAGAAACUCCCAAGGCUUGUAUGUCCCGUCUCCUGGUUGGAUCCAGUGCAGUAGGGUGGGGAACGCUCACCAGGCGAUGACUCGUCAACUACAGAUUCCAAUGGACUUUGCAAGACGCAGGUUUAGAGACAUACAGGAGGGAAAGAAAAAAUACUUCAAGCUUGAACACGCCGUUGGGUGCCAAGAGCUGGAUGUGGAGAUCAGCAUUAAGGGGGCAGGUGUCCGUUCACUUCAAGUCUGCCGGAGCCAGGCUCAGAACAACAACAAAAACCACCCCCCCGUGAAUCCUUCUGCCUCCUGAGCUUCUGAAAGUGUGACUGAAGCAUCACAGCAGAGAUGCUUGCAGCUUCAGAGAGCCUCGCCUCUUCUUUUGACUCUAAACACAAGAAAACCUGAUCUGAAAGCCAUCCAUGUGACGACGAGACUGCACUGGGCAUCAGCAGUAUUCAACUCACAACUGGAUGUCUUUUUUUAAAUAAAAAGGAUGCUGGUUUAU